CAUGAGGGAAUCAGUGCGUGGAGACCCGCACCGAAGUGCCAAUAGCAUGGUCGGUAACACCACAACUACUUUGUACCUCUCUUUUCAGAGAGACUAAUCAACUGGACUGGACCGAUGCUAGCGAUUCGCGAGUGCAUCCCUUCGCGAUCCCUCGGCCCUCGUGGAGAUGACGAGAGUUGCCGCCGGCAGCGGCGGCCCUGUUCAGAAGUGGAAAACUGCAAAGCGGCCAGAACCCUCUGUGGGCCAUAACUUGAUCCUUCAUGCCUUCUCUUCCCUCAUGGCUUGAUAGCUUGGCGUUAUCACCUUGUGAGGCCGCUUUGAAAACUGUCAUUGUAGCAAGCACGCAAAAAAUAAAGCAUGGUGCAAACUGUAUACGCUCAGAAGAGCACUAUACGGAGUUGGGCAAUUGUCCGCUCGUUAUCUCGACCCGCUUCCAUCAAGCAAUGAUGAAUGUGGACCCGGUCAGAACCCACCCUCGCGUGCGCCACAGCGGAUUUGGACUGGGUUUGGGGAGCAAAGAGGAGAUGAGAGCGGAGCUGGCGAGCGACCGAAAAAAGGUGACAGUUAGCAAGACCAUGGCAUCAACCUCCUACCAGCGCUGGCUAGGUAGGGGCACCAGUGCACCGCCCGAGAGUUACCACUCUUUUGCCCCCCUCUCGGUUAGAUUCUGCACGAGGGCGCCUGGCACCCUGACACUCACUCUCCCUUUCGGCAUUACUCCCUUGCUCGUUGCACCCCUCGGAGAGGUUCGUGUCUGCUUUCCUCUUGUCACUUGUCGCGUGCAUCAUUGGCCGACUCAAUUGGCUGAUAUCAACCACGCUUCUAUAGCGUGCGAAGAGGGGCCGCCCGGAGGAGAGACCGGGGACGCAGUUCGCCCAUGAGGUGCCGGUUAACGACGAAGACCUUUUUGUCGCAUUGCAGUACAUGCGCCCUGGCAUCCCCUUGCCCAGCAACUAGUGCCGCUACUAUCUAGGCGAUGGCAGAAAGCUAUUCCAUGCCAUCCGAUAUCCUGACCAGCGUGGGACCCCCAUUGUGUGGUCCCAGGAUGGCAUCGCGCACUACCGCACUCAACUGAGACCUUCCUCAGUGGCCAUGGGGCCUCGCUUGAUUCAUUGACCUCUCGCCCCUGCACGCUCGUGGGGCCAGCA